AGCGGUGCGAGUCACCUCGAGUCGUAGCCAGAGGAGCCACCGGGAAGGUCGAUGGUCGGACAGCUGCAUCCUCUCCUCCCCGAACCAAGAUCUCUCACCUGCAUCCCACGUUUGAUUCAUUCAUUAAUUGAUUGAUUGCAUCCCGUGGCUGUUAAAUACACCAAAGCUGCCAGUUUUAUCCCAGUGAUCUCCGUCGUCCUCCGUCAUGGCCGCGCUGCGAGCGUCCUACCACCGGAUCCUGGACCGGGUCGAGCACAUCCUGCCCGCCAAGCUGAGACCCCUGUACAACCACCCUGCAGGUCCAAAAACAGUUUUCUUCUGGGCCCCGGUGUUUAAAUGGGGUCUGGUCUUCGCUGGUUUGGCUGACAUGACCCGACCAGCAGACAAACUCAGCAUGUCCCAGUCCGGAGUGCUGACGGCCACAGGGCUGAUCUGGUCCCGGUACUCCCUGGUCAUCAUCCCCAAGAACUGGAACCUUUUCUGUGUGAACUUCUUCGUUGGCGGCGCAGGAGGCUCCCAGCUUUAUAGGAUCUGGAGGCACAAGCAGGACAUGAAGGCGAAGGCGAUCGAAGCUGCAAAGUCCUGAGGACUUUCCUGCCGUCGUGCUGCACCGCUGCUGACUCAAAGGGAGACCUUCUCAUCACGUCACCAUCAUCCUAUGUUGUCAUUAUAACAUCCAUGCCAUAACUGUUAUUCCACCGCAGCCUGGUGUCCCUGCUGGAAAUAUGCACUUUUCCCAAAGUUUCACAUUUCCUCAGGGUUAACCUCCCAAAAAAAACUUUUAUUUUAGUUUAUUUUUAACCGUAGUCCACACACUCUCAAGACUGUUGGUCAUCAACGCACAAAUACGACCUGUUCAGGAGGUUCUGUGAUUUAUUUAAUGUCAUGCUUUAUAUCUCGUGCACGAGCUGGGAAGUUUUUUUUUUUUUUUUUUCCAUCGGCAUCUUUCAGGUGUAAACAAUCAAUACUUUGAGCCGUUUUCCACAAAAAGAAAAACAUGCAACUCUUGCAUUUGUGAUGAAUGUGCUUUAUGAAGUGUGGAAAUAUGAAUUUGAGAAGGAUGUCAACACAUUUAUUUUCAUAUUCACUUAUUUAUAAUCUGCUUAGUCCAGGCAUCUGUACCUCAGCAGUCAUUAAAUCUUUAUUGAAUACCAUGUAAUGAUUCCUUCCAUUUUAAUAGCCUUUAGUGUCAGAAUAGAUACUAAGUUAUUAUCCCGAUUGUCUCGUCUAGCCAAAUCUGUGUAAGAUUUUGUUUUGUAAUUGUACAUCAGGAAAUAUGCCACACUUUUAACUUGUAUUUAAUUUCAGCGAGUCGUCAAGCAAACAAGGUUUCGCCUGCUAACCGCUUUUCAUCAAACUUGCCGUCAGGGUUUCUUGUUAGAAAGGUGUUUUAUAUAUUUCAUGUAAGAGUUUUGACAUUAUCCCAAUGUAUAAUUUAAAUCUCUAAUAGCAAUACCUGGUGUUAUCACUUAAUCUCCUGACUGUUUGAACAAAUGGCACUUUGAAGUCUUGAUCAAUGAGUGUAAUGGUGAUGUAGCGCUAAUAAAUAUUGUCCAACAUUUGAAGAAUGGACAUCUCAGA